AUGGGUCACAUAUUGGAAGAAACUUAUGAGCCUGCGACGGUAGCUUUCAUACUGCUCGGCGCGGCGCUUGUUUUCGUUAUGAUUCCAGGACUGGGGUUCUUGUAUUCGGGGUUGACGCGCAGAAAGUCAGCGCUUGCGCAAAUCUGGAUCGUCAUCAUGGCUGCUCUCGUAGGUAUGAUUCAAUGGUAUUUUUGGGGAUUCUCACUUGCAUUUUCAAAAACCUCCGUUAACCAUAAGUUUAUCGGAAAUUUGGACUCAUUUGGGUUCAGAAACGUUUACGGCAAGGCUACUGAGGACAGUGAGUACCCUGAGAUUGCAUAUGCGGCUUUUCAAGGCUUGUUCUUAUGUGUUACUCUCAGCAUUGUAGCCGGUUGCACAGCUGAAAGAGGAAGACUUCUCCCACACACUGUUUUCCUGUUUUGCUUCGCCACACUGGUGUACUGCCCUGUAACAUACUGGGUAUGGGAUUCCGAUGGGUGGGCUUACAGGUGGGGUGUUCUGGACUGGGCUGGAGGCGGUCCUGUGGAGAUUUUGUCCAGUGUAGGUGGGUUUGUCUACUCAGCCUUCUUGGGCAAACGUAAAGAAAGUCUUUUGAUCAAUUUCAGACCGCACAAUGUCUCUAUGGUUACUUUAGGUACCUCUUUGCUGUGGUUUGGCUGGUUAGGUUUCAAUGCAUGCACAUCCUUAACUCCUAAUUUAAAGUCUGCGUAUGCCUUCAUGAACACCAAUCUAAGCGCUGCUGCGGGUGGCAUGACUUGGUGUUUGUUGGAUUACAGGUUGGAAAAGAAGUGGUCGACAGUUGGACUUUGUUCUGGUAUUAUUUGUGGUCUAGUGGCAGCCACCCCAAGUUCUGGCUGCAUUACACUGUACGGUUCGGUAAUCCAAGGUGUAACUGCUGGUGUGGUUUGUAACUUCGCCACCAAGAUCAAACACUACCUUAAAGUUGAUGAUUCCAUGGAUAUUCUAGCAGAGCACGGUAUCGCCGGCGUUAUUGGCCUGUUCUUUAAUGGAUUGUUUGCUGCCGAUUGGGUAUUAGGUAUGGACGGUGUUACCGAUCAUGAAGGUGGCUGGAUCACUCACAACUACAAGCAAAUGUACAAACAGAUCGCGUACAUCGGCGCUGUUUACGGAUAUGGGAUCGUGGUUACCGCCAUUAUAUGCUUCAUCAUCAACAAAAUCCCAGGCCUUCAGCUCAGGGCUACGGAAGAAGCAGAACAGCUAGGUUUAGACGAGGAUCAAAUCGGAGAAUUUGCAUAUGACUACGUCGAAGUUAGAAGGGAUUACUUCUCUUGGGGUGUCAACAAACCUGACACUUCAUCUGAAGAAAACGAAUUACAUCCCCAAGAGGAAAAAGCUUGA